AUGAGCACCCAUUUUUGUGACGACACCGUAACUAAGGAGGAAGAGGUGCUCGUACCUCGAGAGGACCUCACUGUACCAUGUGAGGCACUCGAGAGGUACAAAGAGAGCGGCUUCCUUCUGGAUGAAGACAAGAUGAAAGGAGUUGAUAGAGGGGAACCGACUGCACCUUGUUACGUUUACAAACCUGCCUCUCUCAAGAUGCAAAAGGUUCAGGAGACGUCUAGGAGGAAAUGCUGCCCAGGAUGGGAAGGAAAACUCUGUGAUCAAACAAUGUGCAGUCUUCCCUGUAAGAAUGGCGGCAGUUGUAUUGCUCCUAAUAAGUGUACUUGUCCAUAUGGAUUCAAAGGACACCAGUGUGAACGAAAUGUCAUCGGUAAGAAUGUUUGCUUAUAA